AUGGCUUCUGGAAGGAUAAUUAAGCUGGUGGUUUUUGAGCUUCUGGAGCUUGCUGCUUUCUCCAUUCCCACCCUGGUGAUUAUGGAACAGUUUGCCACUGCUUAUCAAAGGACAAGGGGGAGUUUGGAUAAAACACACUACUGGCUGAUUGUCUCCUGCUCCAUUGCCUAUGUGGCUUCCGUGACUCUAUUAAUCUGGGUUCCCAUAAAAGUGCUCUUACACAAGAAACAUCAUCUGUACAAAAAAAUUACAGGAUGGAGACCCGUGCUGCUGAUGUGUGUCAUCCUCACCACCCUUCCGAGCUUCAGCUUCUCGAUAGCCGUGACCGAGGUUCAAAAGAACGUCAAUGGCUCCACUGUAGAUUUAUUACCUGAUUCCUUACCUGACCUGCCAGUUUCUCUAGUCAUCUUAUCCUUGAUCCUUGUUGAUAUUAUCGAAAAAGUCAGGAUAUACCCUCUUAGAGGGAGCCAAAAGCGUUCUGAAGACGCAUACAUCCAUACGAGUUCUUUGCAACAGAUAAAGACUGUGACGGAUCAAGUGAGUAAAAAGGAAGAGAACCCAGCACUUUCCCAGGCCGGUAAGACCACCUCGGAGGCACAGCCGCAGAGCCGGAUUGACACAGUAACUGGACCCCAGGAGCCCUUCUUUCACUCUGGAAUCCUAAGGACAAUGUCUCAGAGAGAUGUCCGUGGGGAUCUAUUCCUGUGGAGCUUCCUGCUGUGGUCUGAUACUAUAGAAAUGGUGCGUGUGGCUGGUCACCCUGCCGUGUACAAGUCGGGCUGGCUGUACCCAGUCUAUCUAUUCAGUUUUAUUUCUCUCCUUCGGAUAAUAUUCACUCCCCAGAACCCUCUUCUUGGCACUUUGGGCAUCCUUCUGCAGGAUUUGCCCUUUGUGUUUGUGAGGCUUAGUUUAAUCAUUGUCCUGGGGACUAUCACACCUAUUUUAGGCCUUUGUAAAAAUGUGUUAGUGACUGUCUCCUUUGUUUACUUCAAUUACCUAACUAAACUCAGGCCUUUCUCUUCCUUUGAAACAUCUCCAUUUUAA